AUGGCUGUUUUCCGGCUGUCGUUGCUGCUGCAAGUGGGAUUUGUGAUCGGAUCAAACCAUGAAUACGCGGACUGGUCAGCGCAUGGGAAAGAUAUCAGAGCACAGGGGGCGAUUUACGGCGCUCAGACUCACCGUCGGCAGCUGGCGCAUCUCCGUGCGUCUCAUCCUCCCGGGGAGACGGUGAAGCUGCCGCAGAAAAUAGAGGAGUACCUCCCCAGGGUGGUCACGGCGUUUCUGCACACUGGGGACUCGACCACCUUAAAGCACGCCAACUGCUCAAGGAGGUACGAGCUCACCUCUCUGCGGGGAAGGUCACACGCCACCCCGCAUCACUCCAUGAGCAGCGUGUUGGAUACGGUGCUGCACGCCACAAACUUCCUCAACAUGAUCCUGCAAGCCAACAGGUCCAGGGAGCAGACUCUCCGGCGAGACAUUGAGUGGUACCAUGCCCUCGUCAGGAGUAUAUUGGAAGGAGACUCCAAGAUUCAUCGGGCUGUUGUCACUUUCAUAGCAGAUUCGUCCGUGGAGGGGCCCUCGGUGCUUCUCCAAGCCACCAGGGCCGGUGGAGAGAUAGUCCUGCAAGACCUCUCCAGCAUGGCCCACCACCAUCUAAACAACCGCACAGCAGACUCCGAGUGGUACCACGAUGUCAAAGACAGGAAGAAACCCAGUUUCCAUAAGAGGGUGCUGAGCCAAGAUUUGACAUCAGUUGACAAUUCUCUAAAAAGAGGAGAAAGUUUUAUCCCGGACAAGACGCAUGUUAGAUGGUCUGCACCAUACCUGGAGUGUGAAAAUGGGAAUUUUCUUCCCCGCUGGCUUUUGACUCUCUCUGCUGCUUUCUAUGGCCUGAAGCCCAACUUGGCCCCAGAAUUCAGGGGAGUGGUGCGUGUGGACAUAAAUCUCCAAGAUGUUGAUAUCGACCAGUGCUCCACUGAUGGCUGGUUCGCUGGAACCCAUCGUUGCAACCUGACAACUAUGGAGUGUUUGCCGAUCCACGGUCACGGAUUCGUCUUAGACAAGUACAAGUGCCACUGCAAGAAAGGAUUCUACCACCCCAACAGAGUAGCUGUCAAUGGCUUUACACGAGCGGGGAAAAAGGGGAAAGGUGCAGACAGUGGCCCUAAUGCGGAUGAAGGCUCUUCCAGCGAUUGCCUCCCGUGCCAGCAGGGCUGCGCCUACUGUAAAGACGACACACCCUGCGUGGCGCGAGAGGACGGCGCCCUUCGCAUGGCUGUGCUCUCCUUCCAGUGUCUCUGCAUGCUGAUUGUCUUCGUGAGCAUGGUCCUCAUCUACCAUUUUCGCAGGAAUAAGAGUAUCAGAGCAUCUGGUCUAGUCCUGCUGGAGGCCAUCCUAUGCGGAGCUCUGCUUCUCUACUUUCCGGUCGGAAUUCUCUAUUUCCAGCCGAGCGUGUUCCGCUGCAUCCUGCUGCGAUGGGUUCGACUGCUGGGUUUCGCCACAGUCUAUGGGACACUGACGUUGAAGUUGUACAGGGUGCUGAAGGUGUUCCUGUCCCGUACAGCCCAGAGGAUCCCAUAUAUGACCAGCUGGCGAGUGUUACGUCUGCUGGUCAUCAUCCUGCUUAUCGUCCUCUGGUUCCUGGUGGCGUGGACAUCUGCUGUUUGCCAGAACCCGGACAGGAAGUUGGCUCUCAUCGACGUGGGCUACACGCCUGACGGGCUGCAGUUCAGUAUGUGCCUGUUGGAUCGCUGGGACUACAUGAUGGCUGUCGCUGAGUUCCUCUUCCUGCUGUGGGCAGUGUACCUGUGUUACGCUGUGAGGACGGUGCCGUCGGCGUUUCACGAGCCUCGCUACAUGGCCAUUGCUGUUCACAAUGAACUCAUCCUGACAGCAAUAUUCUAUGUCAUCAGGUUUACACUUGCUCCUGAGCUUCAUCCAGACUGGAUGCUGCUACUGUUCUUCACCCACACCCACUUAACUGUAACAGUCACAAUGGGGCUACUUCUCAUCCCUAAGUUCCUUUUUGCUGGCACCCACAUGAGAGAUGAUAUAGCCUCAGAGGCCUAUGAGGACGAGCUUGACAUGGGACGUUCUGGGUCGUAUCUUAACAGCAGCAUCACAUCAGCAUGGAGUGAACACAGUCUGGAUCCUGAAGACAUUCGGACACCAGACGAAAUGGGCCAUCUCAGUUCUAUUAAUGGCUGUGGCGUAAGGUCUUGCGACAGUCUUUGGGAAAAACGUACCAACGAGGAGUUGAAGAAACUCUACUCCCAAUUAGAGAUUUACAAGAGGAAGAAGAUGUUGGCAAACAACCCUCAUCUCCAAAAGAAGCGGAGCUCAAAGAAAGGGCUGGGUCGCUCUCUGAUGAGGCGCAUUACUGAGAUUCCCGAAUCAGUGCACCGGCAAUGCAGCCGUGAGGACAAAGAGGCUGGAGAACAUGGGAGCAAUCGUAACAGCAUUUGUAUGUUGAAGAAGAACCCGUUCGAUCCGACUCACCCAGUAAAGCCAGCAAAGGAGGAGACACUGAAGAACAAGGUUUUCUCCCUGAAGAAGUCCCACAGUAGCUAUGACCAUGUCCGUGACCAGAGUGAAGACUCCAACAGCUCAGCAACAGACAAGAUGGAGGUGACCACAGCUGAAGGAUCCCUCCUGGAUACACUUAUGGGCAAGAAACUAGUCAAGAAGAAGUCCAGUGAGAAUGUAAGUGUCCCCAGUGAAUCUACGGAAUCAGUACCCCUGGUCUGCAAGUCAGCCAGUGCCCAUAACCUCACUGCAGACAAGAAACCAAUUCAUCCUCGAGCCUCCAUGUUGCAGAAGUCCCUCAGUGUCAUUGCCAGUGCCAAAGAGAAGACUUUGGGCUUGACAGGAAAGACCCAGAGUACUGAGGACAGCAAUAAGAAGAGUCAGCCAAAGGGCAAAGACACAAGGGCAAAUGCAGAGUCAGAGAAUGAAUGUCAACCCAAGAUGAUCAUUAGCCAGUCAGUUGAGUACAAACAGACGGCGGCAAAAGGCAGAAUCAUGAAACAGCCAGUGAGUGGCAGCCAGCCUUCAAUCUGUUCCGAUCCAGUUAAGGGAAAAGAUCUCUACGAUCUCUCAGAAGUGUGUCCCUGGGAAGUAGAAGAUCUUCCAACACCUUCUGAAAACAAGGUCCAGAAGCAUGUAUCCAUAGCACCAAAGGAAACCACAACGGUUCACGGAGGUAGCACCAAAAGCAACAAAUCUCAGCAGCAGAAGCAAAAAGCUUCUGAUCAAUCUCCAUCAAGUGCGAGGCAUUCAAAGGAAAUUCAGAGGACAACCGCUGUUCGAGCAGACGUUUGUCCAUGGGAGGAUGGAGGUGACAGUCCAACCAGUCAAGUCGAAGGGUUGAAGCAACAAACUCAUUCCAAAGUAGAAAGCUCCCAAACACAUCUGGCAGAGGUUUGUCCUUGGAACAUCGACGAGGCACAAAAGACAGCAGAGUUAGCUUGUUCACCAAAUACGACAAAGCAGAGAAAAAGCACCUCUCCAGUGGAUGGGCAAGGGAGAAGUACCCUUUCAGAUCCAUCUAAAAUAGGAGUCUCACUGCAGCCACCAACUGCGAAAGCUGAUGUAUGUCCCUGGGACUAUGAAAGCACUUCAGUAUCUCCAAAUUCUGAGAGAACACCUAGUCCCUCUCGAGGUUCCAAAACCAAGGAUUCACCCUCAAAAAUGGCGGGUACCACUUCCACAAGAACAGUUGAGAAAGAGAAAUCAAAAGACACUGAUGAUGAGAGAAGUAGAACAAAAGCAAAGGACAAGAGUAAAUCAGCAGAGAAACACAUGAGCCAACCAAAAAUGGCUGAGGUAUGCCCCUGGGAUGUAGAGAGUCAUCAGGAGGUGCCAGUGGUAGAAAAAAGGAAAAGUGCUAAUGUUGGAGCAGCCAAAGGAAAGAAGGCUGAAGUCUGUCCGUGGGAUUUUGAGGAUACAUCAGAUAAGAAAGGUACUGACAAAAGUGCUUCUGUAGUGAAACAGAGCAAUCCAAAUCCUAAAGGCGGGGUUGUAAGUGCUCCAAAAAAGGCAGAUGUAUGUCCCUGGGACUUUGAGGAUAGUACAUCGAGCAAGAAGGCGUGA